AUGGCUUGGAUUUCAUGUGCCACAGCAAUCUCAAAAUCGAGCUCGGUGAUCAGGUCAAUUCAUCACCGGCCGGAACGGAAGCGGAAGAGCGCUAUCCUGACGGCGUUAUGCGUGGCGUUCGGAUCCCGGGCGAAAACGACUCAACGUGCUAGCAACCUGAAAGGGUUCAUCAAGACGGGCUCCGGCGCCGCUUCUGUUCAGGUGGAGAUAAAGAAUCAAGGAGAAGAUGCUUUCAAGCCGGAGAUAUACGGCGAUUUUAUUGUUCUGGAGCGGCAGAUUACGCCGUCCAGAACUAGAACGAUUCUGAAAAACUCUCAAGGGAAGAAAGUGGGUAGUACUAGAGGUGAAUUGGACGAGCUUGUGGCACAUUUCGGAAUUGAUGUGGAGAAUCCAUGUGUUGUAAUGAGUCAAGAUAAAAGCAGGGAAUUUCUGCAUUCCGGAAAUAAUUGGGAUAAGUUCAAUUUCUUUUACAGGGCAACUCUGCUUCAGCGGCUGGGUGAUUUGUUGAAUAAUGUUGAUAGAAAUCUCAGUGCAGCCGCCGCUCUUGUUGGUGAGAUGGAAAGGUCUUUGGGUCCCUUGCUGAAGGAAGUUGAAGAAUUGGAAGCUAAGAUGAAAGGAAUGGAAGAGGUGGAAGAGAUUUCGCAGGAGGUACAGCUUUUGAAGAAAAAGCUUGCCUGGUCUUGGGUGUAUGAUGUUGACAGGCAACUGCGAGAGCAGACCAAAUUGAUUGAGAAGCUGGAUAAAAGAAUACCUACUUGUCAAGAUCGGAUAGAUAAGGAGAAGUGCAGGAUCGACGAAUUAAGUGAUGGGAUAAACACGAAGAAGACACAAGUUGAGGAAAUGAUGGAGAGGGCAUCACAAGUGAAGAGAAUGAUGGAUGAAAUGCAGCAGAGUCUCGUGGCAGCCGAGAAAGUGAGGCAAGAGUUUGAAAGCAACUGGCAGCGUGAAACCAAACAAAUCGAGAAAAUGGUUGAACGCGUGAAGUUCUUUGAGGAGCAAAUCAAUGAGAUAGAGGAGCAGCAUUUAAAGGAUACUCAGGCAGAGGAGUUAGAGAUGAAGCAGAAACUAAAGGAGGUUCAGAAUAAAAUUGAUGAAGGAAUUCUGAAAACGCAAAGAUUGAAGAAAGAAUUAGAGUCCCUGGAGACGAGCUUAAUCGUUUUAAAGGAGGAUAUCACAAGUUGUGAUUCACAGAUAGAAGAGAACGAAAGGAGGCAUCCUAAAAUUUGUUCCCAGAUUCGCGACCUCAGACAAAAUAAAGCCAAUUUUAAGGUUUCAGCUUUUGGAGGGAAAAGAGUGAUCAGUCUUUUACGGGUCAUUGAGAGGCGUCAGCAUAGAUUCCGAAUGCCACCUAUUGGUCCCAUAGGUUCUCAUUUGACUUUGGACAAUGCUGAUGUUUGGGGUGCCGCUGUUGAGCAUGCCAUUGGCUCAUUGCUUAAUGCAUUUAUAGUGACAGACCAUGGAGACUUACUUCAGUUAAGGGCUUGUGCUAAGGAAGCUAACUACGAUGGCCUCCGGAUAAUUAUAUACGACUUUUCACGUCCCAAGUUGAAUAUGCCAAGCCACAUGCUUCCACGAACUAAUCAUCCGACUGUUAUAUCUGUGCUACAUAGUGAUACGCCUACUGUGAUGAAUGUAUUAGUUGAUUUGGGCAGAGCUGAGAGGAAAGUUCUUGUUAAGGACUACAAUGCUGGAAAGGAAGUUGUUUUCGAUCAAAAGGUCUCAAAUGUGAAGGAGGUGUAUACAUCUGACGGCUUAAGAAUGUUCUCUAGUGGUUCAGCACAGAAUAUUCUUCCCCAAGACAGGAAACUGGCAACUAACCGUAUAUCCCGUUCUUAUGCCAAACGGAUUGAGGAUCUGGAACGAGAAGCUGAAAAUGUGAAACACCAAGCCGAGGAUGGGUUCAAAAUGAAAAGAAAGAAGGAGAAAGAGCUUGAGGUUGUUGAAAACAACCUUGAAAGUGUGAAGAGGAGAUGCAUCGAAACAGAACUGGAUUUGGAGUCCAAGGAAAGGGAACUGGAAGAUACGAAACGUGCAUUUGCUUCAGAUGGUAGUGCUGCUCCUAAAUCUACAACUGAUGAGCUUCAUCAAGAGAUUGCUACAAUAAAAGUUGAGAUAGAAGAGAGGGAAGUAGAGCUUGAAGAUUCACACACUGAUUCUUUAGCUGAAGCUGAUCGUGACCUUUCAUUAAUGGAAAGAGAGUUCGACGAAGCCAAAAGGAAGAAGAAACACUUUGAGGAAGUAAUGGAGGGAAAAGUCCUUCCUGAUUUAAAGGCAUCAAAGCGCGAGAGCCAGAGAUUUCAGGAGUCCAUUGAUGAUCUGAAAAUGUUACGCGAUAAAAAACGCCGGAAAAUUUGGAGAAAGGAGCAAACUUUCAAAGGGUUUCAAGACAAGCUGAAAGCAUGCAGGAAUACCCUAGAGUUGCGUCGGAUAAAGUUCCAUAGAAAUGCAACUCUUGCAAAGCGUGAGUUGACUUGGAAAUUUAACAAUCAGCUGGGGAAGAAAGGGAUUAAUGGUAAAGUUUUGGUUAGUUAUGAACAACAGACUCUCUCCAUAGAAGUAACAAUGCCCCAAGAUGCAUCAAAUACAAGUGUUUGUGACACUAGAGGGCUCUCAGGUGGCGAACGUUCCUUUUCAACGUUGUGUUUUGCACUUGCUCUUCAUGAGAUGACUGAAGCUCCUUUCCGAGCAAUGGAUGAGUUUGAUGUAUUUAUGGAUGCUGUUAAUAGAAAAAUCAGCCUCGACACUCUAGUCGAUUUUGCAUUGGCGCAGGGUUCCCAAUGGAUAUUUAUCACGCCUCAUGAUAUCAGCAUGGUUAAGCAGGAGCAGCGGAUAAAGAAGCAGCAGAUGCCCGCUCCUAGGGAUGAAAUUGUGUGUGUAGCUGGUUUCCUCUUUUGUGACAGUAAUUUAAAUAUUUCUUUUUAUGUAGAGGUCUUGGCUUGUAAACCAAGAGAAUGUUAG